AUGGCUGAAAAGGACAUCACCUGCAUCGUAGCUUCGGGUGAUAGAGCAGUAUUCAUGAAGAUUAACACUUCAACCACCAUUCUUGAUCUAAAAUUUGAUGUGUCAGAUAGCGCUACCAGCAGCAUGAACUCAAAAAGCAUAAAGGGUGGCCCGCCGUUGUCGACGCCCACAUGUGUUUCAGAUAGGAUCCCCAAUGAUAAUCCUUCUGGAGAUAAUGUUCCGAUGAUUGAUGACAUGAUUAGCAGAUCAGAGAGGAUUCCUGCUUGGUGGCACACUGCUUUAACCGAUGAGGGACAACGGUUUGAGAGUGCGAAUGAAUUAAGAUUGGCUUUACUAUACUAUUCCAUGGCCAAAAAAUUCGAGUACUUGUUUGCUAAGAAUGAACCGAAGCGUAUUCGAGUCUUUUGUCGGUUCAAGGAAGCCCAAAAUUGCCCGUGGAUGUUAUUUGCCUCUCCAACACAAAAUGAGAACAGACUUGAAAUCAAAACCUUCGUGGACAACCACACAUGUGGGAAUUUUGGCAAUAAUGCAGGGUCGAUUGUAGCAAGAUAUGGUGGGGUAAAGAAAGAGCACAAGAGCAACUAUAUGGUGAUGCCCAUGAGUCCUACGAUGGGUAAAGAAAGAGCACAAGAGCAACUAUAUGGUGAUGCCCAUGAGUCCUACGAUCAAUUACGAUGGUAUGUAGAAGAGGUUAAGAAGACAAACCCAGGUAGCUACAUUCAUGUUGAACAAAAUGAGGGGAGGUAUACUCCUCAGCGCCGUUGCAUACGAUGGAAAUCAGGGGAUAUUUCCAUUAGCCUAUUGCAUCUGCGAUCAGGAAAAUACUGUAAACUGGAAUUGGUUCUUACAAGAUAUGGUCAUGUUACAUCAAAUGUUGCAGAGUCAUUCAACAAAUGGAUACAUGAGGCUAGGCUUCUACGGAUACUACAACUCGUAGAACACAUACGUAAACAGAUUACGGUUCGCAUGAAUGAGCGACGAUUAAUGGCUGAAAGUUGGAAUGGAUUUCUUUGUCCCAAAGUUGAACUUGUCCUCAAAGAGAACAUGGAAAAUGGGCGUCCAUUGGAUGUGCGUCAGUCUCAUACAAGAUUAUUUGAGCUUUUUAAAAAGAGCUACGAGCCAAUCCUCUACCCCAUCCCCGAUUACGAGAAGCGUAGCGUACCACGGGAGGAGAUACAGAUCCUACCACCAUUAACAACAAAAAGGAAAGGGAGAAAUAAGACCAGGCGUAUCAACAACAGAACAGUUUACACCAGGCCACUUAAAUGCUCUCGAUGUCAUGUGGAAGGUCACAACCGUAAAACAUGUAAUGAAUCUAUUGCUGACUAA